AUGUGUUUGUGGAAGGUUGUCCGCCUGUUCAGUUUGCUGAGCGCCUCAGCAUUACAAGAGCUGACUGAUGUGACAUAUCAUCAAACCUGGGGGCUUCCCACCUUGGACGCGUCGGCCAUCGAUCCACAGAGCAUCCAGACCCUCGACAAAUCCGCCUGCCGCGUCGAGUUGCUCUACCACUGGAUUCAGCAGUUCAUUGCGGACGGUGCCCAGCACCAAGUCCUGGCCACCCCGCCCCCGCUUUUAACGCGUACGCUGUCUGAGCUGGCAAAGGGUAUGGACAAAUAUCAAGAUGCCAUGAAGCACUCCAAGGUGGGCUUUCCCUUUCCAUAUGCGCAAACAACACUGACGCUACUGCUAUUCCACUGGUUUCUAACUCCGCUGGUGACUGUUAAGUGGACCAGCUCGAUUUUUGGAGCUGCAAUCUUUACAUUUGUGCAGGUUUUUACGCUGUGGUGCUUGAAUGCCACAGCAGUUGGCUUUGAACGACCGUUUGGUGGUGAUUUGAACGAUAUUGAUGGCACCGAGAUGCAGAUGGCUAUGAACAAGAGCCUCAUUAAUUUGAUGGAGCCACGGUCUCGCCGAACGCCAUUCAUUCCAUUGUCGACGUUUCUGGACGUGGACGUGUUGCGAAAAAGAGACACGAUUCACACAGCCGCGCUUCAACAGGAAGGUUGGGAAUUGAAGGACUUAUCUGGUACCUCGGGGAAAGGUUUGCUGCGAUGCCUGUGUCCUUGUGUCCGAAGGGAGCGCCAAGUACAACGCACCACCAUCGCAGUGUCCACUCGAUACAGCAGCAAGCGCUAUUGUGAAAUCGACGGUGAGCGGACGGCGGUGCUGAUCAUUGGGAUUGUCGGCUCGGAGCUGUGCUUGGCCUUGCCAGCGCCCAAAGAUAGCCGGAACGCAUUUGAGGUGCUCAAUGUCAAAGGUCAGCCUUGCAGCAUGCGUACCAAGCGCAUCCCAAUUCAAGAAAGACACCUCCUUUUCAAGGCGCCAGACCCUUCAUGGAGCCCAGCCUGA